UGCCAGUGCACACAAUAACAACAAAAGUCGAUUUAUUCCCCUGUGCAGCUAAUGGUUAUAUCCAGAGAUGCUCAGGUAAAACGCUCCCUGUGCUCCCUGUUUCAUUUGCCUGGGCAUCUGCAACCGACUUCUCCCUCCUUUUAUUGCAGCCGGCAUUAAGAAAGAUUGGAUUAUAAAAUAUGGAUAUAGACAUCAGAGUAAGUUGUGUCAAACGUGACUGAAAAAAAUAGGUGAAAAAUUGGGGAGUUGUUUUAUAUUUCUUCCUUAAAUGUCUAAUGGGACAUUUGUGUUUGACUGGUGGCCAUCCACGCUGCAGUUUACCCACUCAUGUGUCAUCACACGUACAUUUCGUUCCACAACCUGCGCGUAAAGCUGUGCCGAAACCACAGCCUUUUUUUUUGACAACGUCUGCCCUCGGAUUUCCAGUUCCCUCGACUGUUGAAAAUAGCUUGGCUGCUCCCUGCCGCUAUGGCUAAUUCCUUGGAACCGGUGGAUCCAGUUUGAUCCAUCCCUCUCUUUCUUUCUUUCAUUCUUUCUUUCCCUUACCAACUUGUUGAGUCUGCCCCCCCCCCUCAGUGCUCCUGCUCUAAAAGUUCACUGCGCACUGAAUGCGGCUCGGCAUGACAGCUUUUUGACUUUGUAAUGAAAUGUCAAAAGUUUGGGGAAAGUGAGUGCACAGCUCGAUGGGACGGUGGCGAUUGUGAAGUGGAAACUCAACGGGAAGCGCGCAGAGGAGCCUUUGACGCAGCGACAGCCACCUGUAGGACACAGUAGAUGCGCUCUUCCUAAACCUUGUUCUGCCUCUCUGAACUUGUCCAGUUGGUUUUCAUGUUUCUUUUUUUUUUGCGGACUGUUGUUGAAACUUGCCCACCUAAGAAGGUUUUUGUUUACUUUCAUUGAACGAGAUCACUAAACGAAAUAGGUAAUUUUGACUUUUUAAUUUCUUUCAAGGGAGGUGGAGACAGCUUACUACCCCCCUCCCUUCGUCCUUAACUGAAUUUACCAAGUCCUUUGCGCAGGGGAGACUCUUGAAGUGCUCCCAUUGCAGUUGAAAUGGAGGCUCCUGAUGGCCACUGUGCUCGUAAUGGCCAGUGCUCUCCUGGAAAGGAGAACUCAAGACGUUUGGUGGAUAUGUCAACACCUAAUGGGCAGACAGUUCUUCAGGGUCCUAAUUCCCCAGAUGAACUGAAAAUUAAACAAGAGGAAGAAACAGCAGAUGUAGGUGACAAAAGAAGCCCAGCCCCAGAAGAAAUACACCAAACAGUGGAGGAAGGAGGAGUAAUGGAGGAAUCUAUGACUGGCAGCCCAAGCAACAUACAGGAUGGAUUAUCUGGACCAAAUGUGACAGCUGAUGCAGGAAGUCGACAACCAAGUGGUGACAGGCCAUUCCACUGCCCCCAGUGUGGUGUCUCGUUCACCCAGAAGGGAAAUCUACUGCGACACAUCAAGCUGCACACGGGCGAAAAACCCUUCAAAUGCCCGUUCUGUAGCUACGCCUGUCGGAGGCGCGAUGCUCUAACUGGACAUUUGCGCACACAUGCUGUUGGCAAACCACACAAGUGCAACUACUGUGGGCGGAGCUACAAACAGCGCACGUCUCUGGAGGAGCAUAAAGAGCGAUGCCAUAGCUACCUGCAAGGUAUUGGCUUAGAUCCAACUGCCCACACUGGCCCUUACACAGGUGAACUUCCUAAAGAGCCUCGGCCCAUGUCAGAGGCAAACAACAUGGCUACCUUUGACCGGCCGCCCGUUAUUGAGAGGCUGCAUAGCAACGUGGGCAAGAGGAAGAGCACCACACCUCAGAAGUUUGUGGGUGAGAAGAUAGUUCGCUACAGCUACCCUGACAUGGGAUAUGAGAUGGGCAUUAAGUAUGAAAAGCAGGCUGAACUGAUGCCAGCCCACCUGAUGGAUCAGACCAUCAGCAAUGCUGUUACAUACCUGGGAUCAGACACCCUUCGGCCCAUGCUCCACCAUCCAGGUCCGCCUCUUUCUAUGGCCGAGGUGGUGCCCAUUGUCAACCCCAUGUACCACCAUGUCAUGCCCCUAAGCCAGCGACCGGAGCAUCCAGGAAACUGUGACUCGCUGCCACCACAUCUGCCCCAGCGCCAUGACUUCCCCAGCCAUCCCACCUCAAAUGGCCCCACUGCUUUAACCAGGCAGGGCAAGCCACACCAGUCAGGACAUGAGGAAUCUCCCAGCAACAGUGGAGUGGACUCUGCUGACUCAGCACGCAGCAGCCCCCUGGAGAGGCAGGGCUACCAUGGAAGUAACGCCCCUCCUGGCCUCAGGUCUCAAGCAAGUUCAGCGGUGAUCUGCUCAGGCGAGCAGGUGACGGGAGCUAUAGCGAGAGUCGGGCCGGGAAUGGCAGCCGGGCUAAUGCGCGUGACCCCAGAGAGGCCGCUGAACCAAGAAGGGGUGCGCGUGUUUGGGAGAAAUGGCCAGGAGGUGCGGGCCUUCCAGUGCGAGCACUGUCGGGUGCUCUUCCUAGACCACGUUAUGUAUACCAUCCACAUGGGUUGCCACGGAUACAGGGAGCCACUGGAGUGCAACAUCUGUGGUCACCGCAGCAAGGAUCGCUAUGAGUUCUCCUCUCACAUAGUCCGCGGUGAGCACACCUUCCAUUAAGUGGAUAGGUAGGGAACUAAGAGGGAGACGAAGAAGGGAAAGGAGCAAUAGCCUGUUACCAUUCUCAUUCCCACACCUCCAAGACUGCAUAGUUGAAUAGCACUAUACAAGUGUAGCACAAUCAAAGACUUCUUUUUAAGCUACUUGAUGUGAAAACGAACAGUUUAACAAUCAUAUGAAGGUUUGGGCCAAAGACACAUUUUCUAUGUAUUUAAUUAAUAAUUCAAAAUAGAGGAAGGAAGGGAGUCAUGCUUUUUCUCCCAAAAUAUCAGUGUGUUUUGUAUAGAGCAGUUAUCAAAUGAAUAUGAGUAUUUGUUCUUCUUCCAUUCUUCUUUUUAUUCUUACUUGAAAAAGCCUCAUUUCCUCAUUGUUCCUUCACCACCUUGUGGGCUCAGUGUGCUAAAAUGCAAGUUUAUAGGACUGGAAAGGAUAUUAAACGUAGUGAGACCAUUAAAGGCGCUCACAAAAGCACCACACACACACACACACACACACAGAGAGCUUAUUGCAUGUAGCAUUGUAUUCCUUUACUCGUUUCUUGUCUACGACAUCACCGUGAUCAGCACAAGUUUAUUUCCUACAAAUUCAGUCUAAUAGUAUGGAUUCGUGGCGCUGUGCAAUUGAAUGGCUUUUUGAUAAAGAGGCUAUUUUUUUUAAAAGAAAUCUAUGAAGAGACGUGUCGGUAAAAGCAGACAAUAAUCCAGUUUCUACAGAUAUGCAGUAUACAUGAAUUCAUUGUGGUAAUCAGAUUGUUUUCAUUGUUAGUGAAUAUUUCUUUCCUAUCAAAGUUGUGACAUUUUAGUGAGAGUCAAGAAAGCCACAACUACCUCCUAGGAACUACAUGGUAUCAGUCAGAUAAUGUGAAAGACUUUAGCACAUUCACUGACAUUAUAUUGAUAUGAUAGUAGUUUUUGUUUCCUUCACUUUUGAUUACUUUUACCACAAUUGCUUUUCUGAUGAAGUAAAUAUUCAUGUACUACAAUCACAGAAAAAGAAAACCUCCAAACCUUCUAUUUAUAUUAAGAUUGGAUUAUUCUGUAACACACUUUUUUUUUUUUAAUUCUCUCACAAAAAUGUCACUUGGAUCUGAAUUUGUAUCUUGUAUAGAAUGUGAACGAGGACACAUUUUGAAAUUCAUAUAGACAAAAUAAAUAAUAUUUUAGGUUAGGCUCACUGAUAGCAAAAGUUUACUUCAAUUGACUUUUUUUUAACUGAAAGUACCAUUCAUUUGGCAUUUAAUUACACAAAACCUGACAUGCAUUUGUAAAUCAUUCAAUUUUUAUAUCACGAAACAGAAUUUGGUGCUUUUAUUACCACUUAUUUCUCUCCAUAGCAAUCAGCCUCUGUUUUUUGGGUUUGCACUUCGAUGCCGAUGAAGCAAAAUAGCAGCAGAAGGAAAGUUCCCACGGUGUAGAUGUCAGUAAGCCCCCCCAAAAAUGGUAUUAAAUCAUUAGAUCUUGACUCGUAGGUUGUGUUGCUCACAGUGUUAUCACAAAUCUCUAAACAGCACGGCUUUGAGUGUCACAGUUUGUUUGGCGCUGUCAGCCGUAAAUGUCACAGGGUGGUAAAGAAACUUUUUUUUUUCUUUUUGUUUGUUUACUCAAAAUCAAGCAGUUAAACUUGUGGUUGGAGUUUGUGGCGGAUUUAUGAAUACCACUGAUGUACCUCACGUUAUGCUUUCGGUCUAUAUUUAUGUUUUAUGCUGGACGGCUUUGUGUGUUAAAAGUGUUGACGCUCGUUUUUCAGGGAACGGGGUCGGCCGGGGUCUGCGGUAUUGGUGCUAUUUUCUGGCACGUCACACACCCGCAUAAAUAUGUCUGCUUUAAAUGCAAUUUUCCAUCCUUUGUACAUUAUUACAAGUACAAGUACAGUGCAACAUCACAGAGGUGCUUUGUCCGUGGCACCUUAAAAUGUUUUGCUAAGCACAGCUUGAAUGCCUAAAAUGUAUUAUAGGGAUUGGGGAGAAGACUUUGAUGUGUGUCUUAUGAGUUCCUUGCUGCAGUAAUGUAACCUGAUCCUGUACAAAUCCCACUGCUCAAACACACACUCGCACACGCUGUCUCUUACACUUUGCUACUUUUUCCUCCUGCUCUUUGCUUCAGUAUGACACUAGCAAUGUAAAUGUAUGACCUUUUACAGAUGAAAUGAAGAACCAGGGCAGUGUCAACAGGAGGGAAAGUGAGGAAAAGCUUGUUUAAAGCAUUGUUCUACUCUGAAGGCACUCUCCACCCCCCCCCACCCAUUACAAGUUCUGAUUCAUGACGCCAGGUGCAGCUGCUCCACAGUUACUAUCUGACUCGGAUGUGACUGUGCUCUGUACAGUUUGCCACGCGGUUUAUGUCCAUGCCCUGCGUAUGAUGUGUUUGUCGUUGCAUUAAAGUGUAGGUCGAGUCAAAAAAAACCAAACUGUCUCUGACAGAAAACAGGGCAUUACUUUGUCUGAAGCCCUCAGAGUUUGGCGUCCUGCUUUCACACUGGUCAGUUUCAUCACGUAAUACACACGUGAUUAUCCUCUUAGGUCAAACUCAGCGAUAUUUGUCAAUGUUCAAUAUCAAAAGGCAGCUUUUCAUCCGUUUACAUAAUCGCUUCUUUAUUGCGCACAUGGUGCCCAGCUAUCAUAGAAACAUACCGUCUGGAAGGUAUUGGCACUGAAAAUUGUUUACACCCAUAUUGACUCCAUACAUUCCUCUUCUAUAUUAUCCAUGUAUAUAUAUUCCUCGUGUGAAAGCCCCGUCUAUUUGACAACACAUCCUUUUGAUCAUGCGAUGGUAAAUGUUACUCUGUGGGAAAUAAGAAUAAGACGGGACAGAAUGACAUUGAAUUAAAAUAUAGAUUACGAUCUUCUCACUGUUCCGGCCAUAUACACUGCCUGGCCAAAAAAAAAGUCUCUACCUAAAAGAAAGGGUCACAUUUAGCUUUGAUUUCAGCACUCAUUCGCUGUGGCAUUGUUUCCAUAAGCUACUGCAAUGUCACAAGAUUUCAUUCCAUCCAGUGUUGCAUUCAUUUUUCACCAAGAUCUUGUAUUGAUGAUGGGAUAGUCCACUGGACCACUGAGCAAAGCCUUCUCCAGCACAUCCCAAAUAUUCUCACUGGGGUGAAGGUCUGGACUCUGUGGUGACCAUUCCAUGUGUGAAAAUGAUGUCUCAUGCUCCCUGAACCACUCUUUCACUAUUUGAGCCUGAUGAAUCCUAGCAUUGUCAUCUUGGAAUAUGCCCAUGUCAUCAAGGAAGAAAAAAAAAAUGCAUUGAUGGAAUAAUCUGGUCAUUCAUUAUAUUCAGGUAGUCAGCUGACCUCAUUCUUUGGGCACAUAAUGUUGCUGAACCUAGACCUGACCAACUGCAGCAACCCCUUACCUUUGCUUAGUUAAAUCCAGGUGGUGACUUUUUUUUGACCAGGCAGUGUAGUUUGAAUUGUAUUAUGUUAAUUCUCAUCAAGUAAUCAGUGAACCGAAAUACUCAUUUGACCUUAUUUGGGGGUUUAUGUAUGUUUUAAAAUAAGAUUUUGGUGCUCCCUCAAUAAUAAUAAUAAUAAUAAUAAGAAUAAUAAUGAAAAUAAUAAUAAUAAUAGUAGUCGGGUCACCCUGAACAGCCCAACAAAAAAGUGUGGCAAAAACCUCUUCUGUCAGCUUUCCUUUUGAGUGAGGAUUUUACUUGAAAACCAAAAUCAGUGGUAUUGUUGCAGAUGGGGAUGGUUUUGUAAAUUGCUAAAUGUCUAUUUUCUGCUGAGAUGUUAAUGCAACUAGUUUUGUGAACUUUUUGUGUGUGUUUUUUAAGUUGGAAAAAAAAAUGUUUACAAAAAAUGUAUAAAACAGGGUUCAGGUACAAUGUAUUUUUUAAGAAAUAAUAUAUGAUUGUGUAUAUUUUGGCACUGAAUAUUGACAUUUUUUUUUUUGAAAAUGUGUGCCGAUCGAUCAUCUCUGAUGUUGAGAACAAUUCUCUGAUGUGAGGGCUCUCAGGUAUUUACAUAGGUUGUGUAAUGUUUAAUGUCCUACAAUGUGUAAUUUAUUUAUCUCAAAAGUUAGCAAAUUAGUUGAAAUUCUUUCAUUUUUCCUAUGAAGGUGAAGGAAAUUGGAAAUGUUCAGCCCCAUUUACUUGUUUGUUUUUAUGUUUUUAUUUUUUAUUCCAACGUCAGUGACGAUACAUGAAGACACACUGCAGUGAAGAAUGCAAUGUAUAUUUUGGAGGCAUGGGUUUCUCUUAAUUAAAUACUGAUUUUACUUCC